UAAUGGCUUAUUAUGGAGCUGUAUCCAACUCCUCAUCUAUUAGAAAGAAAACAUCUUGGCUAAUUUUCAAACCAAAACAUAUGACACCACUUCUGAUACAUACACUUCAGCAUAUAAUUCUAUUGUCUCAUGUAUCAUACUGGGAUUGAUUGGCCUUGGUAUAGAAAUGAUAUUCAUAAUAACUGGAAUUACUAUGUUUUAUGAUACCAGCAAUUUUUUAAGUAAAAGUAAUUAAACUUCAAUAAGUUAUAUGUUUACAUGCAGUUGGCAUAAUAAUUUACAGCGAGUUUAUUAUAGGAGCAUGGCCUUAUUAUGAAUUAUGGUAUUAUUGGGCAGCAUUUAUGUAAAAAUAUUCAAAAUGGAUUUAUAGUUUGUUACCAGUUUUAUUAGAGAUAGUGGCAACCUGUUUUGGGAAUAUUCUUUACGGAACAGCUUUCAAAAGAAGAUUAUCAAGAAAAGGGAAUUGA